CUGGCCUCGCGACUGCGGCUGCCGCAAUCUUUCUGGAUUAAUCGGUCUCUUUUUCAGGUUUUUCGAUUCUACCCUUAUCUUAUUCGUGUUCAACAGAGGACCGUGGACUUCAUUUCCGCCACCACCUCGAUACUUCCGGGAACGCUGGAAACGGCCGUUGUCAUGGCGACUGUAUACACAUCCCUUCACCUUAGCGUGCCGGAUGCUGUUGCAGCAGCGGCGCUCCGGGAGGGCUGCCGCCUCGCGAGCGCUAAAAUGAGUACUAGAAAAAAAGUUCAUGCAUUUGUCCGUGUCAGACCCACUGAUGACUUUGCUCAUGAAAUGAUCAAAUACGGAGAUGACAACAAAAGCAUUGAUAUUCACUUGAAAAAAGAUACUCGGAGAGGAGUUGUCAAUAACCAGCAGACAGACUGGUCGUUCAAGUUGGACGGAGUUCUGCAUGAUGCCUCUCAAGACUUGGUUUAUGAGACAGUCGCAAAGGAUGUGGUUUCUCAGGCCCUCAAUGGCUAUAAUGGCACCAUCAUGUGUUAUGGGCAGACAGGAGCUGGCAAGACAUACACCAUGACGGGAGCAACUGAGAAUUACAAACACCGGGGGAUCCUCCCUCGUGCCUUACAGCAGGUUUUUAGGAUGAUUGAAGAGCGUCCCACACAUGCCAUCACUGUGCGUGUGUCCUACCUGGAAAUUUAUAAUGAGAGUCUGUUUGAUCUCCUGUCCACGCUUCCCUAUGUGGGGCCCUCAGUCACACCAAUGACCAUCGUUGAAAACCCUCAAGGGGUCUUCAUUAAGGGCCUGUCCGUCCACCUCACAAGUCAGGAGGAGGAUGCAUUCAGUCUCCUUUUUGAGGGAGAGACCAAUAGGAUUAUAGCCUCCCACACAAUGAACAAAAACUCUUCCAGGUCACAUUGCAUUUUCACCAUCUAUGUGGAGGCCCAUUCUCGGACCUUGUCAGAUGAAAAGUACAUCACUUCCAAAAUUAACUUGGUGGAUCUUGCAGGCUCUGAAAGGCUGGGGAAGUCUGGAUCUGAGGGCCGAGUCCUGAAGGAGGCCACCUACAUCAACAAGUCACUGUCGUUUCUGGAGCAGGCCAUCAUUGCCCUCGGGGACCAGAAGCGGGACCACAUCCCCUUCAGGCAGUGCAAGCUCACCCAUGCCUUGAAGGACUCGUUAGGGGGAAAUUGCAAUAUGGUCCUUGUGACAAACAUCUAUGGAGAAGCCGCCCAAUUGGAAGAGACGCUUUCUUCACUGCGGUUUGCCAGCAGGAUGAAGCUGGUCACCACUGAGCCUGCUGUCAAUGAAAAGUAUGAUGCUGAGCGGAUGGUCAAGAACCUGGAGAAGGAACUGGCACUACUCAAGCAGGAGCUAGCCAUCCAUGACAGCCUGGCCAACAGAGCCCUUGUGAACUAUGACCCCUUGGAUGAAAUUCAGAUUGCAGAGAUCAACUCCCAAGUGCGGAGGUACUUGGAUGGCACACUGGAUGAGAUUGACAUAAUCAACCUCAGACAGAUCCAGGAGGUGUUUAACCAGUUCCGAGUGGUUUUGAGUCAUCAGGAACAGGAAGUAGAGUCCACCUUACGCAGGAAGUACACCCUCAUAGACAGGAAUGACUUUGCAGCCAUUUCUGCUGUCCAGAAGGCAGGGCUCAUGGACAUUGAUGGGCACCUCGUGGGUGAGACUGAUGGACAAAGUUUUGGACUCGGGGUCGUGCCCUUCUCUUCUAAACCUGGGAAGAAAUCCAAGUCCAAGAGGACACUGAAAGAGCAGCCCAGCUCCUCAACAAGAAAAGAAGGUGCCAGCAGCCCUGUAAGUGGCAAGGAUUUGGAUGUUGCCAUCUCUAAGACCCAGCUGACUUUACCCUCCAAGGAUGGAGAUGUCAAAGACAUGCUUCUGCGGGACCGGGAGACUUCCAGCACUGAGCCCCUUCCCUCGGACUCCCCAAAGGAGGAGUCACGCCCACCCAGGCCCAACACCCCACCCUCCAAGCCUGUGGCCUUUGAGGACUUUAAGAAUGAGCGAGGUAGUGAGAUCAACCGCAUUUUCAAAGAAAACAAAUCCAUCUUGAAUGAGCGGAGGAAAAGGGCCAGUGAGACCACACAGCGAAUUAAUGCCAUCAAACGGGAAAUGGACGUGACCAAGGAGGCACUAAAUUUCCAGAAGUCACUUCGGGAGAAACAAGGUGAGUAUGAGAACAAAGGGCUGAUGAUCAUUGAUGAGGAGGAAUUCCUACUGAUCCUGAAGCUCAAAGAUCUUAAGAAGCAGUACCGCGCUGAGUACCAAGACCUGAGAGACCUCAGGGCUGAAAUCCAGUACUGUCAGCACCUGGUGGAUCAGUGUCGCCACCGCCUACUCACAGAAUUUGACAUCUGGUACAAUGAGUCCUUCUUCAUUCCUGAGGACGUACAGGUGGCACUGAAGCCAGGUGGCAGCAUCCGCCCAGGCAUGGUGCCUGUUAGCAGGAUCGUGUCUCUGGGAGAAGAUGACCAGGACAAGUUCAGCCAGCUACAGCAGACCAUGCUUCCCGAGGGCCCUGAUUCUGUCUCCUUCUACAAUGCCAAAGUAAAGACAGAGCAGAAGCACAAUUACUUGAAAACUAUGAUGGGCCUCCAGCAGUCACAUAGAAAAUAAGGAUUUAUGACCAGUGCCUUGAAGGACAAGAGCCCAGCAACACCUGCCUGCUAAACCACCUGCCCAGAGCUCCAGCAACUGUCCCAAGGCUGGGACCCAGCCAAAAGAACACACAAUGGCCUGCCUGUUGGGAGGAACAGCCUUGAAAGGCAUCUUUACAGAACACUUGGUUUCAAUUCAUUGUCUUAUA